GUUGACGUUCCUAGCUGCUGUCCUUCAUAUGGGAUUUGCACAGCCAAGCACUAACCCAGAUUUCAUAGUGUCCAGUUGCAGAAGAUCUCAGAUACAACAUGAUCUGCCUGCCGCAUCUGUGUUCCAGAAAUUCCUCAGAUUUUCAGCUAUUGGGUCAUUCACUGUAGAACUUGGUAAAUGGGCCAAAGCACUAAGUGUCAGGCCGGUUGACAGGACUUUAAUCCAUUCUCAUUCCUUUCACUUGUCUCUAUUGGCUGUUUCAAUCAUAGAUCAGGAUGGAAAAGCAGUCACGAUCACUGACUCUUUGGCUACAAAGUGUGGAUAUAAAAUAUCCCAGGACAGCUGGGGUAAUAUAACAUUCAGAGUCUCCCUCUACAGCUGCUAUGUUCAGAUUCAGAAUGAGACUUACUUCACAGUGCCAGUGAUGAUCGAGAUCUCAUCCAGGCCGGAUAUGGUUGGUGCUAUAAGCUACCUAAAGAAUAUGAGCUGUCCCUAUUACUGGAGCCCCCGGGAGAUCUUGUGUGAAACAAACUACAUGGAGGUGUCUGUCAGGAGAAAGAUCCCAGUAAUUGCUGAAGGGAUGUUCAAAAAUGAGCCAGAAGAUUGGGCGUCUGCCUUUGGUCCGGCUGUCGAUGGACUCAUGUCAAUUUGGCAAGUUGUGUUCCACAAGUCUUCUACUCAGAAAACAACCAUGCUAAUCGAUGCUGCGCUGAAAAUGGGAUAUGGCAUUAAUACCACAGAAUCCAGGACACUGCUGAGAUCUCCUUACAAUGCCACAGAAGCAAUCACUCAAAAGGUUGACGGUGUGACAUAUUCAACUAUACGAGCUACACUGUUUUACAAGCAGAGAUGGUUUAUUUACUUGAUUGAUAAUGCUGCAUCUUGCCCAGUUGAUGAUGUGGUGUUUACCCCUGGCUGGAUAACAUGGACUAUUCCAAAGAACAUUUUCCCCCUACUUAUAGGUGCCAAGGCUGUCCAGAAAAGUAGCUAUCAGUUUGGCCUGGACCUUUUGAAUAUAACAAAUGAGCAAAUACUUGCUAGCAAUUAUGCCAUCACUGAUAGUGUUGUAGCCAUCACUGUGAAAAUUCCCAUAGGUGCCAAUGGAGGCUAUUAUAAGAGCCAUGUUGUGAAUCUGGAGCAUGGGGUAAAGUACAACAUUAAGCCAUUCCUUGAAAACUUCUGGACAGAUGAUGGAUGGGGCAUCACCAGGUACACCAUUAUAAAAGACAUCACAACACCAUUCGAGCGAAGGCCUCCUGUCAUAACCAAUGAUACCGUACCAUCAACACUGAUCUUCAAUAUCACAGUUGGAACAUUCCUCCCAGACAUUCAAUUGAUUAACAUAACCAUUGGUGGUGGAGUCACACAGACUGUGGAGCAGGCCAUAAGUCAUGGCUAUCCAAUAACCUCAAUGCAACAUCCAAAUGGAAGCUUUUAUUUUGUUGUGAAAGUUCCUUUCCUGGAUCCACAAAUAUCUCAGAAGAUUCUUCCAGAUGGUGUGCUUUUCACCCUAAACCUGACGUUUGGGUUCAAUAUCAUUCCAUAUGGUGAGACCUUCACUACCCCUGCUACCAUUGAAUGCUUUAUGCCCCAUCCUAUUGUGGGACCCUGUGGCCAAAAAGACUCCCAAUUUACUAUUGCCGUUGCUAACAUCAAUCAAAACUGGAAUGUGUACAUUCAGAAUACACUGGUGACAACCAGCAGUUCGUUACCUGUGGGAACCAAUCAGAAUCUUACAGUUCAGAUCCCUGCACAGUCUGAUCUGAUCAUGUAUGAGGCAUCUGGAGCUGGUGUAUCGGCUGUAGUCCCACUAAAUAUCAAAGAUGGCACUGGAGCCACAGUUUAUUCUUUUGCCAUUAAUUGUGACAUCACACCAAGCCCAGUUGUUUGCCUCCCUGAAGGAAUCAUUCAGGUGACAGUGAAGAAAGUCGUCAAUAUACCAGAUAUGGACAUGUCUCUGCUAAGACUGAGGGAUGCAGCCUGUCAGCCGGCUAGGUUUGACACAAACAACGCCUACUUCUCAUUCUAUGCAAGCUCCUGUAGAACUUCAAGAACGUUUGUAGACAACCUCAUGAUGUAUCACAAUGAGAUCGCCUACUACAGUGCAUCUGGAAAUCCACUCUUUAUAAUGAAUGUCACCUGCAACUACACAACUAAUGGUACCAUUGUGGCAGAAUAUGGUUAUGAGAACAACCCAACACCUAGUGCAGUGUCAGCAAUGGCAUCACUAGUCUUGGUUUUGAGGCUGAGUAAAGAUAUUGCCUACAAAGACUUCUAUGGAGAUGCAGACUAUCCUGUUGUAAAGUACCUGAGGGAACCCUUGUAUUUUGAAGUUGAGCUCCUGUACAGUUCAGACUCGCAGCUAGAACUCUUCCUGGACACCUGCUGGGCUACAACAUCUCCCGAAAUGAACAGUUCACCCUCCUGGCUCAUUGUCACCAACAGUUGUGAAUAUGGGGAGCAAUACCAGACAGUCUUCCGCACCGUGACUGCAGAUUCCAGAGUUAAAUUUCCAUCACACUUCAAGAGGUUCGAAGUUAAAACAUUUAACUUCAUGGAAGCCGACAAACCUUAUACUGGAGCAAUCUAUUUCCACUGUGAUGUGAUUGUAUGUGACGCUUCAAACCUGUCUGCUGAUCUAGUAUGCAGUGGAAUUGGAUCAUGCAUCCCAGCAAAGCAGAGAAUGGGGAGAAGUGUCAACACUGGAGAUAACUUUCGCUCCAUUUCAUCCAGAGCAGUCUUCCUGCUGGCAUCAACGGUUGAGUCAUAUGCUCUUGAAAUGAUCAUCCUCAAUAACAUGUACUUUUAA